UAGAAGAUCAAAUGAAGCCAGGCGAGGAAGAGGAGGAGGAACAGGAGGAGGAAGAGGAAGAGAGAACAGAGGUUAACUUGCUGGAGGUUAAACUGAGAGUAGUCUCUAUAACACCGUCCUCACCUGGAAGAGGACAGACGGACAGUUUGGUUUUAAAUGAGGGAGGAUCUGAGUUUUCUGACAACAGAUCAGAGGUUAAGUAUUUUGAUGGACAGGGUCGCAACAUGUCCAUCAAAAUAGGUCCUACUUAAUAGCAUUUAAUUGCAAUUCAUUAUUUUCUAUUUUUAAUAAUUAGUAUAGAGAACAACGUUGUAUAUAGGUCCCAUUAUUAUUAUUAUGCGCCGCUUUCCCCCUUCUACUCCAGUAGGACUCAGAUGUCGCACUUUUCCUUGUACAUGUGAUUUGUUGGUGUUGAAGCUACAGGUAUGAAGAGACCGUUCUUCCAGACAACAGAAGCUACAGGUAUGGAGAGACUGUUCUUCCAGACAACAGAAGCUACAGGUAUGAAGAGACCGUUCUUCCAGACAACAGAAGCUACAGGUAUGGAGAGACUGUUCUUCCAGACAACAGAAGCUACAGGUAUGGAGAGACCGUUCUUCCAGACAACAGAAGCUUCAGGUAUGGAGAGACUGUUCUUCCAGACAACAGAAGCUACAGGUAUGAAGAGACUGUUCUUCCAGACAACAGAAGCUACAGGUAUGGAGAGACUGUUCUUCCAGACAACAGAAGCUACAGGUAUGGAGAGACUGUUCUUCCAGACAACAGAAGCUACAGGUAAGGAGAGACUGUUCUUCCAGACAACAGAAGCUACAAGUAUGGAGAGACUGUUCUUCCAGACAACAGAAGCUACAAGUAUGAAGAGACUGUUCUUCCAGACAACAGAAGCUACAAGUAUGAAGAGACUGUUCUUCCAGACAACAGAAGCUACAGGUAAGGAGAGACUGUUCUUCCAGACAACAGAAGCUACAAGUAUGAAGAGACUGUUCUUCCAGACAACAGAAGCUACAGGUAAGGAGAGACUGUUCUUCCAGACAACAGAAGCUACAAGUAUGAAGAGACUGUUCUUCCAGACAACAGAAGCUACAAGUAUGAAGAGACUGUUCUUCCAGACAACAGAAGCUACAGGUAAGGAGAGACUGUUCUUCCAGACAACAGAAGCUACAAGUAUGAAGAGACUGUUCUUCCAGACAACAGAAGCUACAGGUAAGGAGAGACUGUUCUUCCAGACAACAGAAGCUACAGGUAAGGAGAGACUGUUCUUCCAGACAACAGAAGCUACAGGUAUGGAGAGACUGUUCUUCCAGACAACAUAAGCUACAGGUAUGGAGAGACUGUUCUUCCAGACAACAGAACAGAGCAGCAGGUUAUGACAGCGAAGCAGGAGGCUGUGGGGA